AUGAAGAACAUGAUGCAAACCCGCAGACUUGUUUUGCUUUUGCUGGUGCUUGGAUGCUUUACUGCUCAUGCAAAUUGCCAAGCUAAGAAGGAUACGAUGGAUGAGGAAAAGAUUGUUAUCCCACCCCGCCGUUUCUGCUUGAAGGACAAACAACUAAUACCACCCACCCAUCUCCCUUGGUGUUGUAUCCUUGAAGGCGGUCUUUGCUACAAAACUAAGGUUGAAUGUCAGAUAAACUGUGGAUGCUAG